GCUUAUCCCUCGGUUCGCGAAGACUGCAGCAGAUUGAAGAGAAACGCUUCUUGAGUCAGUCUUCGCCCAGUUGAUCGUCAGUGGCUUUGGAACGAUAAUGUGUCGACUAUAUCGUCAAGUUCAUGGAUCGAAGCUCUGCCUCCAUCCACGCUACGGCACGACCGAAACUUUGCGUUCAGCGUUGCAUAAAGCCUCCACGUCGCAGAUAUCAUGGUAUAUCUAGAGUCUAGAAUCUAGGCCACAUGAAUGUUUCUAGAUUCAAGAGACAUUCAUUUGGUGCUGCUCAUGGCCUGAGUCAGGCGCGUUAACGGCACGACAAAACCUUGUCAGCGUCAAUGCGCUUUACCUGGGUGGCAGAUCUAUUCGAACCCAACAGCAGCCUGAAAGUACAUCCCGUCCAAUUUAGCUCGACUUUGACGCACAACCUUCCGUCACGUCAUGGUGAUCGUCAUUGCUAGAGGGCACAGAUCUUGUCAGAGCCCGUCGUAACGUUUUGGUUUCCUGGAAAGAGCCUCGUCCAGCGACUUGAUGCUGGGCUGUAGCCAGCUCCGCGUCCUUCCGCGCUCGUGCUUUUUUGCGAGCACCGGCGAUGAAUCCAGCCCCGAUCAAGUGAGCGCCGGACGCCCAAGCAGCGAAACCUCGCUUUCGGAGAGGUGACCACUGUCGAAAACGUAGGCUCAUUGGCAGAUCUCCCGGACACUUCCAGUCACUAUGCGUGGGCGACUAGCAGGAUCGAUGGUCGACACGUGCCUCUCUAGUAACACACCGCUUACACCGACUCCGAAUGACCCGUCGGACGAUAACUCGAUCACUUCAUCAGGUGUCGGAGACGCCAUCGGCAUCGCCGACCGGGAAACGGGACAUCGAUGCAGCCUCACAACACCAAAAAGUGAGCUACGAUCCCCUUCCUCCGGUCUCGACGCUCACUAUGGCUGUCUCGACUCGAUCACGGCAGAGAUUUAUCUUCGCGGUUUAAGUGCAGAAAGCAAGUCCAAGGACAAGUCAAUCGACUUCACGACCGAGUUUGAAGCCGCUCAACGUCAACAGCACGGGUGUUUGCAGCUAUGCACCAUCAGUUGGCAACACGUUUCGUACAUUAUUCAGCCAAAGAAGCCGUGGUUUUCCGGGCGAUUCGGACGCAACAAGAAGAAUCAGAGACCGGUAGAUCUUAAGCCUCGCAAGAUUCUAAACAAUGUUUGGGGACGAUCAGGGCCUGGAGACCUGACCGCUAUCAUCGGUCCGUCCGGAGCGGGUAAAACAACAUUACUCGACAUUCUAGCAGAUCGUGUACCCCCUGGUGGACCAGGGGUACGUGUCGAGGGAAUCGUAAACGUGAACGGUAACCCUCGAGAUUCGCGCACAUUCCACUCGAUCAUGAACUACGUUUCACAGGAUAUGGCAUUCCUCGGGUCUUUCUCCGUUCUAGAGACUCUACAGAUCGCAGCAGGUCUAGGACUACCUAGUCACGUGCCUCCUCUUACACGUGAGUCUCGUGUUCAAGACGUGAUCGAUGCAAUGGGAUUACGCUCCUGUAUGUACGCAAAUGUUGGUGAUGUAUUUCACAAAGGCAUCUCGUCAGGUCAACGUAAACGACUCGGUAUCGCCGUUGAGUUACUAUCUAAUCCAGCUUUACUACUGCUCGAUGAGCCAACGUCAGGACUCGACGCUUCCUCGGCUCGAAGUGUGAUGCAACACAUUGAACGACUCUGCCAAGAGAGCGGCAAGAACGUCAUCUGUACGAUCCACCAGCCAUCGUCUUCGGUGUUCGAAAUGCUGACGAAUCUAAUCAUUCUAAGCGAUGGCCAACUCGUGUACUUUGGAGCGGCAUCAGCAGCACUUAACCACUUCUUUUCGUUGGGUUAUGUGUGCCCAACUUACUCUAAUCCUGCAGAGUAUUUUGUUCAUUUGGUGAACAAAGAUUUCCACACAAGUUUAAGUCUCGACCCUUUCGUGCACGCACUGGAAGAUGGCCCGGAACCACAGCGUCUACGUGGGGAGAUAGCACGUGACCGCUGUCUGGGGGAUAUGAACCUCAUCAACUAUGAACUACUACGAGCGAUGCGCCCUUCGAGACUUGAUCAGUUCUCUGUUCUCUUACAUCGAAACUUGACCAAUAAUUGGCGUCACCCGGGAGUUUUCUGGCUUCGAGUACUCAUGUACAUGUUGCUGUCAUUCAUGGUCGGUACAAUGUACUUGAGCUCGAACAGUGAGAUCACGAGUUCUGCGAUGGUGCCACUACUCUUCUACGUGCAAGCUUUCCUGGUUUUCAUGUCGGUUGCUGCUCUACCCGCUCUAUUGGAGCAACGAGCCGUACUGGAACGCGAGAUACGCUCUCAUUCGCUGCAUCUGGCCAGCUAUACGACCGCUAACCUGCUUGGUGCACUACCUGGCAUCGCCUUUAUCUCGUUACUGGCGUCAAUUAUCGUCGUAUAUUUCGCUCGCGUCCACUCUUUUUGGUCAUUUCUUCUCAACUUAACACUGUCGCUCGUCACCUCGGAGUCGAUGAUGCAUCUACUGGGCGCUGCAGUGCCACACUACAUCAUGGGCAUCGCUCUAGGAGCUGGACUCUUUGGUAUGUUUAUGCUGUGUGAAGGUUUCAUGGUUCCGUUCGCUGCUAUCCCAACGUACUGGAAAUGGGGUUACUAUUUGGCCUUCCACACAUACUCGUUCGAGUCCUUCAUGUUCGAGCAUUUCUCGCAGGUUGACACCCAGGAAGCCUGGGAUUUACUCAAAAGUUACGGCAUGGAAAACGUCAACGUAUCUCGAAAUAUGCUUAUCCUCGUCGGAUACGCCGCAGGUCUUCAACUCGCAGGCAUCGCUGUGCUAUUUGUUCGGUUUGGUCGUCAUAAACAUUAAAUAAACUAAAAUUCAACAUUA